AUAAACACUCACUCCCUCAACUCUCUUCAUCACCCAAUAUCACUACACUACAUACAUCUGCUUCUUCAAACAACCAAAAAAAAAACUAUAUUUCCAAGAUAAAAAGAAAAUGGCUGGUCUAAUGAAGUUGGCAUUCCUGGUCUUGGCCUGCAUGAUUGUGGCCGGUCCAAUCACAGCCAAAGCGGCUCUGACCUGUGGCACCGUUACCAGCAACGUUGCAGCGUGCAUUGGCUACAUUACCCAAGGUGGGCCCGUUCCAGGAGCUUGCUGCUCAGGCAUUAAAAACCUUAACAGCAUGGCCCGUACAACCCCGGACCGUCAACAAGCUUGUCGUUGCCUUAAAACUGCCGCUAAUGCCUUGGGCCCAAAUCUCAACGCUGGCCGUGCAGCUGGACUUCCUAAGGCUUGUGGAGUCAAUGUUCCUUUCCCAAUCAGCACCAGCACCAACUGCAACAGCGUGAAAUGAGCGCGGGUUGGAUGAAAGCUUUAGCGGACGUUCCGAAUAUUACAAAAACGGAUGAGACAAUAUUAAAUAAGAUGUUCAAGUGACUGUUUUUAAUUUCCUGUAUUUUCUAUUAUGGCGAUCCUAUUAACUGGUCGUUUGUAGUAUGUUCUCAAGCAACGUUAUAUGAAUUUCGGAUUUGAAGUUUACGUUGUUCUA